AGCAGACUCGUCCUCGUCGUCGACAAGGCUCUUGAUCAGCCUGGCCCCCCUUUUCUCAGCCCCUUUUGGGGGGAUUCUGCUUCCCUUUCCAAUCAUCAAUUGCUUCUCUUUUGGGGGCCUUUCGAGGCAAGAGGCAAGGCUAAUUUUGGGGAGGCAGCGUCUUCCUUCGUUCUGGUUGUUGACCUGUACGCGCUGAUCGAGGCAAGCCCAACACGAGUACGAGGCCAAAUUCGGAAGCAGCUCGUCGUCCUUCUUGUUCUUCUCACCACCACCUCAGCUUUUAUCCCCGCAUCGAAAGCCUUGCACACGCAUCCAACACGCCUAUAUACAGUACUCGAUACACACCUCACCAACACGACUUCCUACCUGCCACUAUCCUCUGUGUGCGCCUUUGAUGUGUCUUCCACCCCGUCGUCGCAAACCACCCUCCCACCCACGAUCCACCCGUCAGCACUUAACUUAGCCUGGCCCUCCUCUCCCAUCCAAUCCUCGCUCUGCUGUGAACAAUCACUUCUCGCGUGCACACCUGGGAAAAAGUCCUACGAACUGCGGCGCGACCAGCCCAUCGAGAAACUAGGCACACCCGUCCGAGUUAGCAACGAGCCGAGUCCUCGGUUACAACUCCCCCCCAAAAUAAAAAAAACGCCACAAUCCUGAUCCUUCCCGCUUGCUUUCCCUUUUUACCCAGCGGCCAUGCCGGCCUACGCUUCGCAGCCCGCCCGCAACAUCCUCAUCAUCGGCUCGACGGGCGUCAUAGGCACAUACAUUACGCGGGCCAUUGUCGACGCAAGGGAAAACUUCGACCGGAUAUGCGUCCUGACCAGUGAGAAGACCCUGGUGGAAAAGGUGCAGGAUAUCGCGGCCUUGGAGGCAUGGGGGGUGGAAAUCUUCACGGGCAGGUUGGAGAGCGAGUCCGCGGUCAAGAGGGCAUAUGAAGGCAUUGACACCAUUGUCUCCUGCGUCGGCCGUGGGGGCAUUGAGAAGCAGAUCAACCUGAUUACCUGGGCCGAGCAGGUGGGUGUGCGCCGCUUCUUCACCUCCGAAUAUGGCACCGACAUCGAAUACUGGCCCGAGUCCGCCCACGAGCCGCCUCACCAGCUCAAGCUGAAAGUGCGGGCGCAUAUGAAGACCAUGAAGAGGCUGGAACACACGUACCUGGUGACGGGCCCUUACAGCGACUUAUACUUUGGAACCAUGAAGGCUCGACCUGAGCUGGGCCAAUUUGACGUCAAGGAGAAGAAGGCAACCUUGCUGGGAGAUGGGAACGGGCCCGUCAGUUUUACGGCCAUGGCUGAUGUCGGCAAAUUCGUCGUCGCGGCUCUCAUCAACGCCAACGCGUCCCGAAAUACAACACUAAUAGUCCACUCCUUUACCGCGACGCCACACGAGAUUCUCGCCGAAUACGAACGACAGACCGACAGCAAAUGGGAGAAAUCAUACACCUCGCUCGACCGGUUAAAACAGAUUGAAAAAGAGGAAUACCAGAUCUACUCGGCCCUGGCGACGGUGGUCACAUUGCGGCGGAUAUGGACAGAAGGCGGCACCCUGUUCAAAUAUUACGACGAAACGAUCCUGGGCCAGAUUGAGACGGAGACGCUGGAGAGCCAGGUGGCAGCGAACAUUAGGAAGCAAGAAGAGGGCGAGGGUCAUUUCCCGAGUCUAAUGCGGAAGUUGAGCCUGUAUUAAUACCGACGGUCAUUCUCGAGGCGUCGGCUGUGGACAGGGGAGUGCUCUGGCUGAGUGUGUCCGUGAACAUUUUGUUUCUGGUCAUGGCAUAUGGAUAUGGUUUUUAAUGGUGCCCAUGGCCACGGCGCAAGCAUUCCUCUAGUGGUCCUCGUGCCUGUGCCUUGUCUGGGCCUGCGCUGUCAGUGAUACAAAGCGUGUAUACAUAUGUCCAAUUCCAUGUUCGUAUUUGCAGCGAAAGAUGCGAUUGGCAUUGAGCCGAUAAUCGGCCCGCGCCUUGUAUAGCCGAGGCACGAGCAGAGCCUCGACCUCGACUCCCGCACGCCCUUGUGCCUGACUUGGCCGUAGUUUGGCUCGUUCACAGAAAGGGCGUUGGAAGGAUCGCCCGCGGGCCGCUAUACAGGGGGCUGCAGAUGUCCAUGUUGACUCGCCAUUUGUCCACCCUGGUCGAUCAAUGCUCCCACCUUGUCCCACGGUGGAUAUCAGGAUAUAGGAUAUAGGAUAUAAGACAGGCUCUACCC